AUGUUGACUCUUUUGCCUGAGCUGGUGGAGCCACCCCAUCUUGAACGGGGAAUAUUAACUGGCGCAGCGCUGAUUGAUCUGGCGAAUGUCGACUUUGACGAGUUCGUCGUGCUGGCAAAGCUGCAGGCCGCAACGCUAGACUUCUAUCUGCGUGUGCCCGAUGCCAUGCCUAUGGACAAGGUGAUCCAGCUGUUGGACGUUGGAACCCGUUGCGUUGUUGUUUCCCAGAACUACGCCGACCAUUUGGUGUCUGAAGGUGUCACUGGCGAGCGUAUCGUUGUCUGCACCCAGGAUUUCGCUGCCGCAGAGACUCUAGUUGGCCAGGGCUAUUGGGCCGGUGUGGUUGUUCCCCCUACAGAUGCUGAUUCCAUCAACAAGCUGGUUGAUCUGGCGGCAAAAUCAGUUGCCAAGAUCAAUUACCUUGUUGAUGUGUUUGUCGACGGCGCACAGUCGAUCUAUGAAAAGGUUCCUGGCGCUGUGCCGAUCAUCUCUCAAGAAGUCUUGACCAUCCACCCUGACCAGGACACUAACAAGUUGUCGGCUGCGCAGGUUAUCUGCUCAAGACUCAACUCUGACCGCCCUGAUGGCUUGUUCACCACAAUUGUCACCGAUACCAACCACAGGGCGCUUGGCGUGUGCUACUCUUCGCCAGAGAGUGUGAAGGAAGCCAUCUCAACUGCCACUGGUGUUUAUCAGAGCCGUAAGCGUGGCUUAUGGUACAAGGGUGCCAGCUCGGGUGCCACGCAGAAGUUGAUCCGCUUGUCUAUGGACUGUGAUGGUGACGCUCUUGAAUUCAUGGUCGAGCAGGCCGGCCCCGGGUUCUGCCAUAAUAACACAACCAGCUGCUUUGGUUCGUUUGCCGGCUUGGCCGCCCUUGAAGAGACCGUUGUUCAGCGUAUGAAGAAUGCUCCUGAAGGUUCUUACACCAAGCGGCUGUUCACUGAGCAAAAGCUUCUGCCAGCUAAAAUCAUGGAAGAGGCCGAAGAGCUCUGUGAGGCUCAAAGCCCCGAGGAGGUUGCAUGGGAGGCUGCAGACCUGCUCUAUUUUGCUACCAUCAAGCUUGCCCAGAGCGGUGUCUCGUGGUCUGAUGUUGCCGCUAAUCUCGAUCUGAAGAGCCGUAAAGUCACCCGUCGUAAGGGCGACGCCAAGCCCAAGUGGGCUGAGGCUACCAAGGAAAUCAAGACAAAGGAGAACCAAGCACCUCCUACCCCUACUGCACCUGUUCUAGAACCCAAAGUUGAUGAGUCCACGCCUAUUCAUAUGGGAGUCAUCGAUGGUACCAAUACCACUGCCGUAGAGGCCUCGCUCCGCCGCCCUGCCCAGUCUUCUGGUGUGUUUGACCUGGCCAAGCCCAUUGUGGCUGACGUUUGUGCACGUGGUGAUGAGGCGUUGCUUGAGCUGACUGCCAAAUUCGAUAAGGUUCAGCUCAAGUCUCCAGUUCUGAAUGCUCCUUUCCCUCCUGAGCUCAUGCAGGUUAGCGACGAGCUCAAGGAUGCUAUCGACCUCGCUGUUGCUAAUGUUGAGAAGUUCCAUGCGGCCCAGCUCGGCAAAGAUAUCAGUGUCGAGACUGCUCCUGGUGUCGUUUGCUCCCGGUUUGCUCGCCCAAUCGCCCGGGUUGGCCUCUACGUGCCUGGCGGAACUGCAAUCCUUCCUUCCACAGCUAUUAUGCUGGGCGUACCCGCUAAGGUAGCCGGCUGCAAGGAUAUUGUGUUUGCCUCUCCGCCUCGUCACGAUGGCACUUUGACUCCUGAGGUUGUUUAUAUCGCUCACAAAGUUGGUGCGUCUCAGAUCGUUUUGGCAGGUGGUGCCCAAGCGGUUGCUGCUAUGGCGUACGGCACGAAAUCCGUCACCAAGUGCGACAAGAUUCUCGGUCCUGGUAACCAGUUUGUCACAGCGGCCAAGAUGAUAGUCCAGACCGACCUCAAUGCCCAGGUCAGCAUUGACAUGCCAGCAGGGCCCUCCGAGGUUCUCGUUGUUGCAGAUGCCAAGGCAAACAAGGCUUUUGUUGUCUCUGACCUGCUUUCCCAGGCUGAGCACGGUGCUGAUUCCCAGGUAAUUCUUAUUGCCGUAAACUACUCGUCUCAGGACGUCCUCGAGCUGCAAACUGAACUCGAUAAGCAGGCUCGGGCGCUUUCUCGCGUCGACGUUAUCCGCAAAUCUAUUGCCCACUCGACUAUUCUGUUGACUUCGUCGCUUGAGGAGGCUAUGAAGCUAUCUAACCAGUACGCUCCCGAGCACCUGAUUCUGCAGGUCGAGAACCCCAGUAAACUCCUGCCCCUCGUGGAAAACGCCGGAUCAGUAUUUGUGGGUGCGUUGUCUCCUGAGGCGUGCGGUGACUACACUUCUGGCACCAACCACACAUUGCCGACAUACGGCUAUGCCAACCAGUACUCAGGGGUCAACACCUCGACCUAUCUCAAACACAUCACAUCUCAGGAACUCACGCCGGAGGGCAUUGCGUCUAUCGGACCCGCCACCUAUGCUCUUGCCAUGCGUGAAGGCUUAGACGGUCACGCCAACGCCAUCAAGGUCCGUAUGAAUGCUUUCAAAUAA